AAGGUGAAAGAAUGAAAGCAAGGCCUACCAAAACCAUCCACCCUCCCAACCCUUUUCCCUUUUCCCCCACCAACUCAAGCCUCUAGAAGAGCUCAACUCCCUCCUCUCCCUCUCCCCUCUCCCUCUCCCUCUCCCUCCCCCCUAGUCAAAGUCCUAUAUAUCCUCUCCUUGCACCACCCUUUACACCAUUCUGCCUCUUACUUCAAACCCUAAUCCUAACCCUAGAAGAAGAAGAAGAAGAAGAAGAAGAAGAAGAAGAAGAAGAAGAAGAAGAAGAAGAGUGAAGGAGGAGGGAUGGGGAGAUCACCAUGUUGUGAAAAAGCACACACAAACAAAGGAGCAUGGACAAAGGAAGAAGAUGAAAGACUCAUAGCACACAUAAAAGCACAUGGAGAAGGAUGUUGGAGAUCAUUACCAAAGGCAGCAGGGCUUCUUCGAUGUGGAAAGAGUUGUCGUCUUCGAUGGAUAAACUAUCUUCGACCCGAUCUCAAGCGUGGUAACUUCACCGAAGAAGAAGAUGAACUCAUCAUCAAGCUUCAUAGUUUGCUUGGCAACAAGUUGCCAGGGAGAACAGAUAAUGAGAUCAAGAACUAUUGGAACACUCAUAUAAGAAGGAAGUUAUUGAGUAGGGGAAUAGACCCUACAACUCAUAGGCCUUUGCAUCAACCUCUUUCAGAUAUAACCAUCUCUUUUGUUAAGCAAGAGGAGAGAAUUAAUGAAGAGAAGGAGAAAAUUCUAAGAUGUCCUGAUUUAAACUUAGAGCUUUGUAUAAGUCCUCCAUUUCAAGAGAUGAAUAAUUCUCAUCAUGUUGAGCCUGUGAUGAAGAGAGAAGGAGGAGAUCAAGGCUUUACUUUGUGUUUCACUUGUAGUUUGGGACCUCAUAAGAGUCAAGGGUGCAAGUGUAAUAAUUCUUCUUCUACUGUUGUUCUUGGUUUGUAGAACUGUUGCAUUUUAGAGGGAACUAAAAAUACUAACAAAAGACUCUAUUGAGUCUUUGUAUUUUUUUCUUUUUUCUUUUGUUUUUUUUUUACCUUCUUUGAUAAUUUGUAUAUUUAUUUGGCACAUAUAUGAUUAUCAAUACUAGUUCUAUUAUUUCGUUUGA